AUGACCUCGUUCUACCCUCAGGGCUUGGAUAACUACUUCAAGGAACCCCACGAACUUAUCACUGUUUUGAAGGAUUUGGAAGUCGCCAACCUUUCGCUUAUUCAAAACUGUCAAGAUGCCGAGGAUACAAUCGAAUCGCUAAGGAAAGGAGAGGAACUACUUAACAAACAGAGCUUGAAGGAGACUGAAGAUGUGAAGACAAGGAUGAAGCAACUUGAAGAGAUUAUUUCCCAAUGGAACAAUGACUUAAGUCAAGACGGGAUGCCUGAGCCAGACGAAGGUGAGGCGAAGCAGGACAAGCAAUUUGCAGAACUAUGUGAACAGAUAGCUGACGUAUAUAAUACCUGUGGACUCCAAAAAUUGUACCCAAUCAGUGAAAACGAAGAGGCACCUUUACGUGCAUUGGAGCAGUUCGCGCGCAUUGAUGCCCACGUCGCCUUCCUGCUGACGUCGGUGGCUUCUUCGGGCGCCUCGGAGGAGCGUGUGGAGGCCCUGCGACGAGAGGUUCGCGCAGCCCGACGGGAGAAACUGCGCCAGGAGCAGCGCGAGGCAGAGCGCGCCAAACAGGAGGAGAGGGCUCGACGCGCCCUCCUCCGUGCCCGGGCUCCUGCUCCUGCGAAAAAGGUGGUCGUUUUGCAGGUGAUAGCUAGCUGA